UAAUUUUAUAUUAAUAACCAUGCCGGUUGAUUGCCAAAGAUCUACUUCUGGGGGCAAGGGUAAUUUAGGUAUGUUUAUAGAAAGAGAUCCAAGGAUUUGUGCUGCUGGAUUACCUUCUGCUCAGCCAGACGAUAAAGUAUCUGACUCCUUACAACAUUACUUAUUAAAAGAUGAAGUAGAUUCUCUUAUGAGUGAUGCUAUUAUGCCACCUAAAGCUCCUAAACCGUUACCACCACUGCGUAAACCAAUUCCUUUAGAUAUGCGUUUUGCAGGCCCUUUUGGUAACGUAGCACAAAUUAUCAACCCACCAAUAAAAUCUAAAUUCCGAACACUUGUUGAUGACUUUAAAGAUACUUCAUUUGCUUCUUAUUGGAAGAAGCCACUUGGACAAACUCACGAUUCCGUUCCUAUGUUACCAGAGGGUAUGGAUGUUUAUGGCACUACAUUUGGCAAAAAAACUGCAUUUCAUGGAAGAUUAUAUGAUGUUGUCAUGCCAAAGAACCCACUUCCCGACAAAACGCCAGCUUCUUAUAAGCCAGGUGCGCAGUUAAAACGCACAUACUGUGAACCACCGUACAAGGAAGACCUGACAUACGGUCAUAGAACCUUUGUGGACAAACGGGGUACGUAUGCCAGAUGCUGUUUAUCGGAUGACAGAAUUGUUGUCGGCAAUGGAGCGCGUACUAUAGUUAAUACUAUACAAUCAAAUUUUCAAGAACAAAAUCAACCUCGAAUCGGAGCUGUAUUAGCGCCAAAUAAUAAUAUUGAAAAUGUGCCCAAAGGCUAUGCAUUUGGUAAAUUGAAACCUCCUGAUAAUUUACCGGAAUGUUUGGCCAGUUGUGAAUUAAAUCCAGAACGUUAUUUUUUCAAAAAGUGCUUAGGUCAUCUAAAUUCAUUGAGAAAAUGUUUGUCAUCACGAUUUCUUCCUACUUUUUUCAGAGGAUUCUACUUGAAUCUUAAAUACUAUGACAAAGAAAAAACUGGCUGGUUACCAAAAAACAUUGUUUAUAACCUGUGUGCGUCAAGACUUAUUCGUUUCGAUUCAUCAUUAAUCGAACCCUUGCUCUCCAUGUGGCAAGCUUUUGAUGGAUCAAAUAUUGAAUACAAAACAUUUGUACGUGUAAUAAAUUAUCGAGAACCUUCACCAGAAAUUCCAAAAAUACCAGAUGUGCCAGAUGACUGUCUUGAUUAUAACACAACCUAUACGGAAAUGGUAAAACCUGGCCAAGACGAAGACAAAAGUAGAAUGGCUGGUUUACCUUCUGGAAGAUAUUUAGAUUUAGACUAUCCAAUAACACCCGAAGGUUGUUGUCGAGCUGCUAGGACUUGUCUACCGCAUGAAUCUGAUAUGAAGUCUUGUUUAUGUCCUAGCGUAUUAACAUUAUUUCAUGUCAAUCAUAGAGAUUUAUAUGGUAAGAGAGACCCUAAAAUAAUUAAACGAGUUUUCGAAGCAGCAGGCGAAUCAUUUACAGAUGAAAGAUUUAAUGAAAUUUGGGAGGAAGCUAAAAAGUACCACUCGGAGGGUUGGGUUUGUUAUGAAACAUUCAAUCGUGCUUUGAAAAUAAUAACUGAAAAGGAUAAUGCAAAGGAAAAUUGA